AUGUUCAGGGAGGUCAAGGGAGGUUCAGGGAGGUUAAUGGAGGUUCAGGGAGGGAGGUUUAGGGAGGUUCAGGGAGGUAAAGGGAAGUUCAAGGAGGUUAAGGAAGGUUCAGGGAGGUUCAGGGAGUUUGGGGGAUGUUCAGGGAGAUUCAUGGAGAGUGUUUGGAAGGUUAAGAGAGGUUCAAGGAGGUUCAGGGAGGUUCAGCGAGUUGGGAGGAGGUUCAGGGAGGUUCAAGUAGGUUCAAGUAGGUUCAAGAGGGUUUAG